CCGCCAUCAAUAGCUAGAAGCCGAGCCAACUCCUCUAUUGUCCACCGAGCCGGAUCUUUAUCACCACAUAAAGACUACUUCAACCCCAGAUUUUGGCCCAGGCCAUAUCUUGAUCUGCAAACACCAAAAACAUCUCCACACAACGCACAUUUCACAAUGUUCGGUUCAUACAGCUCCUACAGCUCAGUGAGCGCCAUGUCCGCCGCCAUCGACAUCAGCCCCUCCAACCUGCGCAGCACCCGCGAUGCCUCAUGCGCAUUCCCCUCGUGGCCCAGACGCGAGUCUCUCUCCGAGUUUGGCCGCGAGGAGCGAGCCACUUCUUUCCUCUCCGACGACGACCUCCUCCUGUCUGACCCCUUCGACGACGACAGCCACAGCAUCGCCAGCUCCAGCGCCUCAUCCUCCCCCAUCAUGAUGCAGUCUCCUCCUCGCCUUACUGAUCUGGAGAUCCUGGAGCUGCAGCGCGAGAAGCUGGCUGUUCAGCGCGAGGCCGUCCGCCAGGUCAUGCUCGAGAAGGAGCGCCGAAAGCUGGCCGCCAAGAAGAAGAGCAGCCGAGUUCACGUUAGCUCCAAGAAGAGCCCCAAGUCCAAGCUUGCCUCCAUGACUCCCAUCUCUGAGUAGGAAAACAAAUCGGCUAUUCCACUCUCGGGUCAUGCGCUGGCGUAUGGGCUCUUCUCUCUUCUAAUCUACAUUUCAAGGC